AAAAAGAAUCCAUUUGAAGAACAAAUUAAUAUCAAGCUUAUUAACGCAUUUUUAGUAGAAAUAAAAUAAGGAUUUAAAUGGCGUGGGACACUACAUUUGUGAGCAUUUUAAUCUAAUUCUUUAAGCCAUUCAAGAGAGAGCUUAAAUUGCCUUGGUUUGAAAAAAUAUUAUAGAAAAUAUUUUUAAACAGUUAUUUAAAAAUGACAAUACAGUAGGAGAUUACUGGAUUGGAAGUAAGAAAGGACUUUCUCUUUGGCAGAAAGUCUUUGUGUCCAGUGACAAGUAUUACAUUACUGACAUCUGUUUGUUCUUUUUCAUGGUGAGGGAUUAUUAUACUGUUAUUCUUCUGUAUGGAUCUAAGUGGAUACUUCAUAUAAUAAGGGCCAUAUUUCACAUGGAUAAAACUCUCAAAGCAGGGGGAUAAGUUGACAGCAUAAUUUACAGAUAAGGUUAUUGUUGAGUUAAUCAGAUUGACCUCAUGUAACCUUUCUACAAUGGUCAGCUAUAGUCCAGUCCAUAAAAUGGAAUAUGUCAGCUGGUCAUUUGAUACUGGCCAUUAAACAUGGCUUAAUUUUCUUUAUUAGUGUCCAGAAGUCUUAUCUGACCUUUUGGGUAAGGUCAGUACAUUCUAUCAGUAGAGAUGGUCCCCUGUACAAUAUCAGAAAAGUAUAAAGUGUAUCUUAAUAAAGUGGUCAUCAGUUAUAGUCUGCAUUUUAUCAUGUAGAUAUUAAUACUCAAUGAUAUUGCUGUAUUAUAAUGUAUAAUAUGAUUGAGAUUAUGCAGUCUCUUGUAGUUCUUUGUAACUACAUAUUAACUCUUACCAUGCUAAAGUUCUAUAAUGGACUGGUCCAUCUUCUAAUUUGGGCAGUACCAUUUAUCAUUUGAAGGGGUGUUUACUAAAAAUUUACUGACUGGAUAGCGAACAGUGCAGACCAUGAUCUGACUGCACGGAUGUGCAGGCUGAUCUUGGUCUGCACUGGUCGCAAAGGCAGAAUUCUUUGCCGCCAGCAGGCUAAGGAUUAAGUAAGGUUCAUUGAUUUGUUAAACUGUUUUAAUGUUUGAUUUGAUGUCUAUUACAAAUCUUUUAAGAUUGGCCAUACAUGUAUUUUAUUGAAUUUAUUUCAUAUAUUAUAUGUAAGCAUGUGAUGGAAUAGACAAUAAACUCUGAUAAACUUGGUUACCUAUACCAGUUGUCUGAAGGAAUGUUUGUGAUUGUAGUAGGAGGUUAGAGAUUAGCGCACAGAAGAUCCUUUAAUUCAGGAAACUUUCCUUGUUCUUAAAUACAGUCAGACUUUGUUAAUUCGAACAUUACCCUUCACUCAAACUCAGUGUUGGGUCCCAAUGAAAUCCCUAUAUAAUAUGUAUUUUCUUCGAUACCUCGAACUACAGAUAACUCGAACAAAUUUUGCUAGUCCCGUCAAGUUAGAGUGAACAAAGUUUGACUGUAAGUUCUUGUUUGUAAAGCAUCCAUACAUGGGACUCUUUAUCUGAAAGAUUGCAGUAGUAUUAUUAGUUGUAGGAGCACAGAAUCAAACUGGCAACACUUGGAUGGGCAGUCUGACAUCACUGCUACCCUGAACUAAGGCACUUUUAAAGAAACAUUUCACUGUAGGAUACAAAGAGAAGUCAGGGUGUGUGAGAGUAUGGGGAAAGUAUAAAAUGUAUAAACAUUCUGAGAUGGAUUAUUUGUAUCCCAUUUUCACAACAAAUGAGAACAUUGUGUGGCGCAAAAAAAAUCUUAAGAAAUUCUUAAUUGUUGUCUUUUUUUAAAAUAAUCUUUCCCUUUCUUCAGCCAAUAACUAAAUCAUACUUCCCUUUUUCAGUUGAUUGAAAUUUAACUUUUAGUGUUUGAUAUUAAAUGAUUUAUAUUGAACCAUUAACUGUAUAAUUUACUUUUCACGUUGAAGUACGUCUUUUGAGAGCUUUAUAUGAUUCACAUGAAUGUUUAAUACGAUCGUAAUUUAUGUUUUAUCAUAAAAACCUGCUCUCCCCAGUGCUAAAAUGAUUACGGUUGAUUUUCAAGUGAAUGAAAACGUUUGUCGACUCAAAAAACUUGUACAAUUUUUAUGUCUUGACAUUUCAAAUAAGCUUUGAUCCUUCAAUGAUAUUGAAAAAUAUAUUGAAAGAAGUGGUUAUUAUAAAUUUAAUGGAAAUGAAUAGAGGAUUCCGUCAAAAGAAACGUUAUUAAAGUAUCUGUGUAAUAGGGCUCAUUAUAAAGUUUUCUUUAGAACCGCUAUAAUUCCGUACAGAAAUACCAUACAAACCGAUGUCCGCAAAAUUGACUUUCUUAAGAUACAUUAAAAGUUGUUUCAUGCUUGAUUAUUCAAUAGUUCAAAAAGCGUUUAGGCGGAUAAUUGAUGCCGCUUGUUUUUGAUCAGCUGCAUAGAAUGUUCUUUUAUUGCAUUUUUAUGAAAUUUUGCACCAGUGUGCAAUUUUCCUAUAUUCAUUAAAGACUGAUUUAAGACAUUAUCCUUGAACGCUCAAGAUUUCUGAAAACAAAAUAGGGACGUUAUAAAGAAACAUUGAAGUGUUUUUACUAAAGAAUUACCAAAUAAAAUGUUUAACAAGUAUUGUUUACAUUUCAACUCUGAACAUGCAGACAGACACUCCUUGUGGUUUUGUCCUUACAAACAUGCAGUGCAUUUUUUCUUUCAUUGUUAAUGUUUUUGAAGUUUAUAAACAUUUAUUCAGUGCAAAAACUGAUUUGCCGUAACAUUCCAGACUAGUUGUUCAGUACUUAAUUAAAAGUCUUAAAUCACAUUAUAUAUAUAUAUAGGUAUAUUUAUUGCAAGAAAAUGAAAAAGAAACAGUUCCAAGGCCAAACCAAAUAAAUAAAGGUAAUAAAUUCGGGAUAAGGGGAAUACCCUCUGCUAGAUGAAAUAUAUAAUUGUGGUCACCUUGUCGCUAGAUGAAGUAUAUUUUUGUGGUCACCUUGUCGCACCUUAAGUUGUCUCAGGUAUUCAACAUCAUUAAUUUUACUUGACUCACAUAUCGUAAGACCAUUUUCCACAUGUAUGUACCUACAACUAACAGUCAAAUAUCUCGUGUCUUUUUAAUAAUAAGCAGAAGCACUUGAAGUAAUUGUGAAUAUUUUCACUUGACAUAUAUAUUUGGUAAAAGUGCUUCAUAUACAAAAGACCAAAAAGUUAGUAGGUGCUUGUAAGUCAUACUAUACAUAUAGGAAAGUGUAUGAAAGUGUAACCAGGAUUAGUUAGAAAGUUGAUACAGUAUCAAUUAGAUCAAGGAAAAUACAAUGGAUAAUUGGUGAUUACAUGUAUAUCAUUUUGGAUGGUACUUGAAAUCUCUGCCCUGGAGCUGCCAGUGUAUCCAGAGAAACAAGCAAGUGUGAGCCGGUCAACGUCUGGUUCGGAUCUCAGACAGAUUACGGUGCUAGAGCGACUUACAAAGACACAUCCGAUAUGGUUCUUACCACAAGUUGGACGAACUGGCGCAGUCCAUUUACUGAAAAACAGAGAGACUGGGAUUUUCAUCGUUCGAAAAUCAAGUCGAGACGACAUCAUGGCGCUGUCUGUUCAAUUCCCAAACCAAGAAUGUACCCAGAACGUUGAUCAUUAUCUUAUAGAGCCCACAGAACACGGAUUACACUUGCAGGGCUCCAGCAGAUUGUUCAAUGCCAUACCAAAUUUGAUCGCCUAUUACUGUGAUAAUAGGGAGGAUUUACCUCAUAGACUGGUACUUCCACCAGCUGUCAGAGUCGCCAAAACUUCGCAGGAACUUACAGCACUUGCUAUGUUGGGCCAAGAUUUUUGGACUUCUUCGAAGUAUGAUGCUCAGAGUCGGUCUUCAAGCAGAUCUAAUCUCUCUGAACAUUCCCUGGCAAUGAAUAAAUCCCAAAGUGAACCAAUCAGCAUUAAUAAAAAUCCAGUGCCAGCUUAUAGCCAAUCAGAUGCUCUGAUACAACAUCAUACUCUACCAACCAGCCAAUCAGAUGAGAUGUUACAGCAAAAUACCCCUCCUAAACCUUCUGUGAUAGACUUUUCUUCAUAUUUAAUUCAAAAACCUUCUAAAACAUUGUUAGAAAUUGCACAAAACUGUUCACACCAAAGUUUGAGCAGCAUAUCUGAAAGUGUUCAUUCAAAGUGUUCACUCACAGGAAGUAAAAGUACCCAGUCAUUUAGCUUCACAAGCGAGAGUAGACAAACUGAUCAUGUGACCACAAAAAGACAUGUGACUAGAAGUGCUUCCCUCCAUGAGGACAUUUUACCAAAACAGAGACUGGUGCUACAUGUAAAUGAUAAAGAAAACAGGGUAGAUAUUAAGAUCGCAAAAAGAGAAUCAUUAGUUUCUGUUCCGUACGCAAAACCAAACAAAAGGACAAGCCAAACUGGACAAGAGCUGGACUCUGGUAUGCCAGUAAAUUAUCUUCAUGUUCCGGAAGAAAAUUAUUUCACAAGUAAUCUUUCAGAUAAACUUAGUGACUAUGAAGAUAUUUGGAAAAACAAUUACGCAGAUCCAAAAGUUGGAAGUGUUCAAGCGGAUAUUAUGCAUAGAUUGCAACCAAACUUAGUGAAUGGAAAUGGUCUAAGUAGUCCAGCUUCUCCUGUCAUGACAACAACUGUGUUUCAUGAACAGUGUUUUAGUCAGAAAUGUUUAACUACAGACUUGAAUGUAAGCUUAGAUAAGCUUACGUUGUCUAAGGAUCAGGCGGCUACUGAAGAUAUUAGUGGUAAUGUUUUAAAACCAGGCACCAGUCAAACAGCUGACAUUGCUACAAAUGGGACAGACACAGAAAACAUAAAACCUUUGUGUAUUGUUAAAGGACAGUUAGAAAGUAGUGCUCAAAGUGCUGUCAGUCCAGUAGAUAAAUCACCUGAAUCUGAGCACAUUGACAAAAUUAUAGCAAGUGCUGGAUUUGAUUCUAUUUUAGAACAGGAUAGUGACAUAGACUGUGACAGUAACCAUGAUGAUAGUUGCCAUGGUGACAGUGAUGCAGAUGCAGAUACUGAAGAUCCUGAAGCAGAGCCAAAGAACUCUGUGCAAACUCAGACAAGUCCAUCUUGGAAGCUCAAGUCUGCACCAUUAUCGAAGAGUACUAGAAAAUCAGUUUCAACUUCUUCGCUUACAGCGAUGAAAAGUCCUGUGUACUCUGAACCUUUUGAUGCUAUUAGUCCUGAAGAAAAGACAAAUGGUGUAGCUCCUAAACUUCCAAAGAAAUUAAGGAGAAGGUCUGCCCCUGCAAUUGGUCAUGUGUCAAAAAGGCGACUGCCAUCAGCUGAGUGUUCAAAACUUUCUCCUCUUGUUCUUGAAGCAGAUAAGACUGCUGAAGAGGAGAUGGCUGAACAUAAUUCUGAAAGUUCUAAUGAAGCUGAAGGUGUGUUUGAAAUGUCUUUAGAACUAACUAAAGAAAACACUGAUGAUAAAACUGAUGGAAAUGAAAAUGACCAUCCUUAUGAAAAGGCUUGGGUGGAUAAAGUUAGUACUGAUAGUAAAAAUAGUGAACCACUGGGACAUAAUGCUAAUAAGCCUAAACCAAAUCUAAGAAAAACGAAAGCAAAGAAACCAAACUUACUUCAAGAGGCUUUAACAAAUCAAAGGAACAAAACAAAAAACACCAAAAAUGAAAACAGUCAUUAUGACAUGUCUUUAAAUAUAAUGGAUCAGUUCCAGUUUCUUGAUGACUUAGACGAAAAUCAAAAUCCUUCUAGUCCGACAGUAGGAAAAUUUCCAGUUUUUAAUAAAGUUGAUGAAGAUCAAAAAGUUAUGUAUUCAGAAGGAUCAACUGCAGAGGAUCUUAUAACUUCAUGGAAUCCGGAAUUAACUUUACGCCCUGUGAAACCGUUUCCAGUUUUUGGUGCUUUGUCUGAAUAUGAUAAUUUAAAUAAUCCCUACAUAGCGCCAUCUGUAAACAGUGCUGGAACUCUUUUCUGUAAUCCCUGGGAGAAUAGUGUACUUGGAAAAAUUAUGAAAACACAUUCACAUCAACAUUCACAUGUUCCAGUGACAACUCCACCCCCUGGCCAUGCCCCACCCCCUCCUCUCCCAUCUUUAGAUCCAAGGGAGAGAAUUGAGGCAUGGCGCAAAUCUAGUCAAAAAUAUCAUAGUGUUCAAAUAGAUACAGAAGAUGAGAACAGACUCAGUAUAAUAUCGGAUAUUAAUUCAAUAGAAGCAGUGACUUUUGGAGGUGAUAAAAAUAGUUUGUGCAAUUUACGUGUUUCGUCAAAUGAACAGAGUCACAGUCAGUCAGAUAAGACAAUAGUGAAUGAGAAAAGUACAACACAUUCCGGAACUGUGACCGAGAGAUAUUGUGAAAACAUUCCAUUGUUUGGUGCAGAUUUCAGAGAAAAAGUUGCUCCUGUGCUAGCCCAGCCUCGUAUUUUGAACAAAUCGGAUCGAAACCGAAAUCCUGACCGUGCCAUAAGAGAUUAUAUUAUUGGUCUUUCCAAAGAUAGAACUACAACAUUCGGGAGUACGAUAGAGAACUUCAUACAGUGUACAUCAGAGAGCCCGGACACUAGUCCACAUAAUAUCACCAGAAAUGUUCGCCAGUUUAUGACAGGCAUCAAGAACUAUCUAGUCAAACAUGGUGAAGGCGAAUUAGAAGAUUUGAUUGAGAGGGAACGUAAUCAACUUGGUAGAGAUGAAAUUCUGAAUAUAGAUGCAAUUAUAGAGGGGUCCCUCCAUGUAUGUGUCAUACAACCUCUCAAACAAAACAUCUACAGGCUCUUUGUCAAUGAAUAUACAAGGAAUGGUAAUCUGAAACUAUUGUCCAGCAAUAUUAAAUAUGCGAGAACAAAGACUGCCGAAGAGAUCGGAAUUCGGAAGGGAUUAUCUGCCCCUGAUGGUCCAACUCUUGAAGUGAUCAAACAUUAUUUCACACGUAUGCAGAAGUCCUACUCUCCUUUGAAGAAAUUGGAACAUCUUUUAGCUGCCACAUCAACAAUUUACAAAUGUGUUGCAGUAGGACAGCAGAGUAACAGUUCCUUGCCAGCUUUUGGAGCAGAUGAUUUCCUGCCAAUGUUGAUUUAUGUGCUGGUUCAGUGUGGAAUGGUAUCUGUAGAGAUUGAGGCUGACUACAUGUGGGGACUUCUACAUCCCUCCCUCCUGAACGGGGAGGGGGGUUACUACCUUACAUCCCUCAGUAGUGCUGUACUUGUGCUGAAAAAUUUCCGAGAAAUGCAAGAGACAAAUGCUUCUCAGCAAGAGGGUAAGCUACCCAGUAUAAGUGAUAUGCAGGGUUUCUUGAAGAUUGCAAUCCCUGAUGAGCAACAGGACACCAUUGUGUGGAGAACAUUACCUGUACGACCCAGCAUGACUACCAGAGAUGUCUGUUCAAUGAUUGCACACAAGUUCAAAAUUACAAAUCCGCAAGAUUAUGGACUGUAUACAUUGGAGAAUGGGGAAGAACAUAAGUUGAUGGAUAUGGAGUGCCCCCAGUCCCUGAAAGCUGAUCGACUCUCUCACAAGAAGGAGUGUAUAUUUGCUUACAAACGCAAUGCAGCAAAUAUAGCCUGGCCUAAAUCUGUACAGUGAUGGUAUGGAAAUACCAUGGUCUAGAUUAUAUGGAAGUAAAUGUCUGGCCUAAAUCUGUCCAAGAUAGAUGAAAAAUAUCCUGGCCUAAGUUCAUACGGAUGUAUUUUAGCAUAAAACUGUGCUGUGUUAAUUGAAGUGCUACCUAGACAACAAUUUCAUUCAUCUUAUCCAAGUUGUGUACAGUGACAGUAUGUAGUUGUAUAAGGAUUUUAUUUGUUGUGAUAAACUGUGCCAUCAUAACAGUCUUAUAUGCACCGAAAUGCCAGAAGACUGCAUGUACUUUGGUGUCAUUUUUUGUAAGAUUCUGCAUUAAAUGACUGAAUAGUCUACUAUAAAAUUGAAGGAAUGGCAAGGUUAAUCAUGGAAUUUUCAGUUUUUAGAUGUUUUAACACACUUCAAGAUCAAUAUCUGCAUUUAUAACAGCAUCUUAUUAUGCAUACUUGUUAAAUAGACAGACUGUUGAAUUGGUUUUGAGAUUUAAUCUUGCUUAAGUUUAAAAAAAAUUUAUCUUAAUCGUGAUGAUGAACAGUAUUGUGCUAGGUGGAUUACUGUAUAUUCUACGUUACCCAUCUUGAAAACUUGAGUUGAAAGAAGACACUGACAUAAACAAUCUUCCUUUUAUAUCGUCUAGUAAAUACAAUAUACAAGACAGUUUUAAUUGUGAAGGUCAUCAAAUGUCCUAUGCUGGCUCUAUAUUAAGGCCAAUUAUGUUGUUGCAAAACUUAAUGGUAGAAAAGGAAGAAAUGCCAUUCCAUACAACAUGAUGGCAUGGCUAAAUGUUUUUGGUAUGGUAUAUGUAUUUGCCAUCAAAUGGUUUGAUGUACCAUUUUCCACAACAUUAUUGUUAAAAUGUUCAGUUUUAGAAAGGUAUAGUAAUAAUGUGUUUAUUAUUUUAGCAAGAUGUACCGGUAUUUAAAAAAUCUUGAGCAAAUGUUGAAGCAGAGCUGGUAUACACCAACACUUCAAGUCUGUUUAAACUUAAGACUGUUUUUAUUGUAUGACUAAUUUUUACAAAACUUAGCUUGAAGGUAAUUCCUGAUAUUAGAUAUUAAAAUUGUUUGCAUAAUUGCAGAAGAAUUUAGCCAUGCAUUGUAAUAAAAGAAGUUACAACAUUUUUUAUUUUUGAAGUGAAACAUUGCAUGUGAAAAACAAGUCUAUUAUAUUGCAACUCAAAAUGUACAGAUUUUGAACCAGACAUUCUCAUUUUUUUGUUCAGAUUUAUUGGUGCUAUUCAUAACCUUUAAAUGUCAUUGUUUACAAAGCUGCAAUAAUUCAACACUAAUGUCCUACAGAAAGUAGUAAAAAGUUCUACUGAUAAUAAUAAGUUUUAUUGCCUUAAUCAGUCUACAUUGAAUGAUUCAUAUAAAUUUAAAGUUUUAAAUUGGUCAUAAUUAUUUUAAUACGUUAUCUAUUCAGGCAUAAGUUGCCGGCUUGACUGGGGUAUUUCUUUAUUCGGAAAAGAAAAACUUAAAAAUUUUAAGAAAUAGCAAGGGUUAUCAAAUAUCAAAAUUCUUAAGUCACAUUAUGUAAGUUGAUAUUAUAUUAAUACAACAUGAUAUAAUAUGUAUAAAAUAUGGCAAAACUCCAUCUUUUAACAUCAGUUUUUUUAUUGCCUGCGACUAAAGUUUUAGAGAUUUUAGCAGAUUUCACAGUGUUUUUUAUAACACAUUACCAGAAGACACCAUAUUGCUAUAUAUAUAUAUAUAUUUUUUUUUUAUA